GCUCUCUUUAUCUUUCUCUCUGCCGGUAAACCUUUUCUGAUUCAUGUGGGCGUCUGUCACCCACAGUCACCUUCGAAUUCUGCGCUACUCUCGUGCUUUCCUGAUUCUCAUGGACAGCAGACCCAGCAGCAGCAAUUCCUUCGCUGCUUUUGCUCGUAAUAACACAAGGGGCGGUGGUGGUAUAGGAGGAGGUUGGGUGGUGAAAGAUGAGGGAGAGAGAUCGAGGGGUCGCGGUGGAGGAGGACGGGGCCAUGGUGGUGGUGGUGGUGGCGGCUCUGGCAAAGAUAGAGUUGAUGCACUCGGUAGAUUACUGACACGUAUAUUGCGCCAUAUGGCUUCUGAGUUGAAUUUGGAUAUGCGGAGUGAUGGAUUUGUGAAGGUUCAUGAUCUUUUGAAGCUCAACUUGAAGACGUUUGCUAAUAUUCCAUUGAGCUCACAUACUGUUGAUGAGAUUAAGGAGGCUGUCAGAAGGGAUAAUAAGCAGCGGUUCAGCCUCUUGGAAGAAAAUGGGGAACUUCUGAUACGUGCAAACCAAGGCCACUCCACAAUGAUAGUUGAGACUGAAAGAUUAUUAAAGCCAAUCCUUUCAUUUGAAGAAGUUCCAGUGUGCGUGCAUGGAACUUAUAGGAAGAAUUUGGAUUCGAUAUUAGAGUCUGGUCUGAAGUGCAUGACAAGAUUGCAUGUUCACUUUGCAAGUGGCUUGCCAACAGAUGGAGAAGUGAUCAGCGGUAUGCGACGAGAUGUUAACAUUUUGAUCUUUCUUGAUAUCAGAAAAGCUUUAGCUGAGGGAAUGAAGUUCUACAUUUCAGACAACAAGGUGAUCUUGACUGAAGGAUUUGAUGGUGUUGUUCCAGUCAAGUAUUUUGAGAAAAUAGAAUCGUGGCCGAGCAGAAAGCCUAUAGCUUUUUGA